CAAGGCAAAGCAAGGCGAUGUUGACACAGAAACCCCCAACCCAUCCCAACCCAUCCCGUAAAAAACACACGCGGCGAAAUAUGAAAACGUAGCAAGAACGACGUGAAAAAUAAAAAAGUCAAAGUUGUAUAGUAGCAGGCGCAUCAUAAAGAAAAUCAUUUCCGCCGGCGCGACGACGAGCCCGUCCCAGACCCCAACCCGGACCCAGACCCAUUCAAGAACUGAUCCGUCAAGGUCUGGAAGAUGCGUCCGGCCGUGCCUCUGCCAUUCAGCAUGUUCUCCAGCUGGUCUGCGAUGGCAUCCGACUUCCUCGGCUGGCCCUGGGCGUCGAAGCGCGGCUCCAUCUCAAUGGUCUCGCCGGACGAGACGGAGUCGGGGGAAUCAUUUCGUUUGCGGUCGUUAUCGUGUCGUCGUGUGUCUGUCCUGUCGGAGCGGCCGCGCUUGCGGUCCUUGUCUCUAUCGUGUUCUCUUUUUUGGUCUUUUCUGUCGCUGCGGUCGUGGCGGUCUCGAUCGCGGUCUCGGUCUCGAUCUCGGUCGCCUCGUCGCCGGCCGUCCUCCCUGUCACCGUCUUCAUGCCUGCUCCGCCGUCGAUCUUCGCCGCCGCCACCAGAAUCAUGGCCGCGAUCGUCGUCAUCUGAUAGAGGCGACCAUGGUGGUUGUGGUUGUGGUGGUGGUGGUGGUGGUGGUGCAGACUGAGGCAGGUUGAACUGGACAGACUUGGCCGACGGCGGCGGCGAAGGAUCGCGAAUCGAGUUUACACCAUCUGUCAAACAUUGUCGCCGCCGCCACCGCCGCC